CGUUUACUACUGCAGAAAAUCCUUUGCAGCUAUUAACUUAAUAUUUGCCAUUAUCCGACAUGACAGCUGGAAAGGUAAAGGGAAGUGGCAAAGAGCAUUCGCUUCAAUUCACCGUCAAUCAAGUUCCAAAUUUGGGCAAUUUGCUCUUGUUUGGAUUUCAGCAAAUGACGUUGUGCUUCUCUGGAUUGAUCAUAAUUCCUUUUCUCCAAUCUAAUCUUGUAUGCGCCGGUUCGUCAACAAUCGAACUGAGGGUACGACUUAUUGCGGCUUCUUUCUUCUCUUCUGGACUUGCAACCCUUCUGCAGACAACUUUUGGGUUAAGACUAUGUAUCCUGCAUGGUCCGUCGUUUUCAUUUAUACCUCCACUCCUCGCCUUCGCUGCAAUGCCAGGAAAUCAUUGCUCGGCGGACUUAACGACUUUUGUUCCAGAGGCUGAGUGGACAGCAAAGAUUCGAUUGAUUCAAGGCAGCCUGCUUAUUUCUACGCUCACUUUCCUGCUUUUGGGAACAACUGGCUUCAUAGGGCAGAUUGCCAAACUCGUUGGACCUAUCACCGUUACCCCGCUACUGUUGUGGUUAUGUCUUGGCGUUGUGCCGACCAUACACGAAAAGAUGAAGCUUCAUUGGAUUUCUAUAGUAACAUACUGCCUUCUUGUUGCUAUGGGCGUUUUUCUUGAGGAUUUUCGCGUUCCGCUACCCUAUUUUUCCCUUGCUCGUAGAAGAUUGCGUGUGGGGAGACUACGAAUUUUUGGACAGUUUCCUUAUUUAAUAGCAAUCACGGCUGCGUGCUUCAUAUGUUAUCUACUGACUGUCACUGGAGCAGAACCAGAAGAAGGCGAAGCUAGAACGGAUAAAAAUCAGACUGUCGCUAUCAUCGCACGCUCUCCUUGGUUCCGGGUGCCUUACCCAGGGCAAUUUGGGUUACCGCAGAUUUCGGCUGGUCUUACUCUAGGAUUUGUAUCAGCAUGCGUCGCAAGUGUGAUUGAAAGUCUAGGAGAUUACCAGACAUGUGCGAGAGUAUCCCAUCAGCGACUUCCUCCCUCUUCCUCAAUAAAUCGAGCAGUCAUUUUUGAAGGGAUCGGCGCUGUAAUAGCCGGUUCGCUUGGACUCGCAGCCGGCGUCACCAUUUACAGCGAAAAUAUCGCAUUAAUGCAUAUAACCAGAGUAGCGAGUCGGUCUACCAUGCAAGUGACUGGUGUACUGCUGAUACUGGCAGGUCUUCUCACCAAAUGUGCUGCUGUAUUGAGUUCUAUACCGGAUGCCGUAAUUGGCGGAUUACUUGCAAUGGGGAUAUCUAUGAUACUCGGCGCGGCAAUGGGGACUUUACAGAAUGUUGAUCUACGGCUGACUCGCAAUCUCACGGUUAUGGGCACCGCUAUUUUACUGGGAGCACUAAUUCCAUACCACUUUGAGAAGAACAGAGUUGACACAGGUAUAAAAGCUCUAGAUGAUUGUCUAAAUAUGCUUCUGAGCAUUCAAAUGCUUAUAGCUGGCGUAAUCGCUUUUGCGUUAGACAAUACCGUACCAGGUGCAACUAGGGAGCAAAGAGGUUUCGUUCCCAAGGAACUAACGAAGAAUGUAACAGUCGAAGAUGAUGGCUAUGCACUACCAGAGAUAGUACGCAAAUUCCUACUUCGAUAUCCGAUCCUAUGUAAUCUUCCUUUUAUACCAUCAAAAAGGACUCUCCUUACAUCAGUGGCGCCGUCACUACGCCGAAAUCAGUACGUCAGGGUGCUGCGGCGGAUGGAGGAAGCAAAGGAAGAACUUGAGGCAGCGCUUAUUCAGGCGAAAAGGGAAUGUGUCAACAUUCAACGAAAUAUUUUGGAAAAAGAAAAGUAUGGCAUACGCCCUGGUGAGGAUUUAUACGUAAGAAGAUUUCUCUACGCUAUCAUAGUGGCCAGAAGAAACCCGUUCUAUAAUGGAUUUUGGCCUUCCAAUGUUCCACGAAGUAAGUCCCUCACAAGGAUUUAUAUGGAACAGCGCUAUCAUCGCUCGAAAUCUACGCCUCCAUCGUCGAAAAAACGAGAGCGAAGUGAACCGAGGAUGGCCUUAGUGGACAACUCUGAUGGUAUCACAACAAAGAUAGAGGUUACUGAAACUGUGGAGGAAAGCACAUUGAAGGAUCUAAUUGAUAACGAUCAAGAAGAGUGCGAACACCUUCAAAGACAUCUACCGCGGUCGAAGGGGGAGUGGGAACACGCGCGAGAUGUACAGCUUCAGAUGUCUGAUGGAAUCAAACAAAAAGGAGCAGUGUUCCGCAUGGGAGAUCAUUUAUAUGGAUUCGACACCAUCCGUGAUCUGUCUUUUCAAGCUGCUGAUAAUGUCGAUAGAUUUUUUGGUAGAAAACCGCGUGGUGAUUCCGAAUACAAAUCACCCUACCAUUUUCUACACGAUUAUCUCCAAGAUUACGGAAGGGGAUUCUUCAAAUCUUCGCUAAGCCGCUCAGCCUACGAUCUCUCAGAAUGGAGUAGACGCCAUCUGGAGACGCCAAGCGUGGGUAGCCCUUUGAGUCUGUCUGGAUUUGAUUUGAACAAUAUGGACAACGGAACGAGGGAAUACUUACAGAAGAUCAGGCAGCAUAACAUUGCUCUUGAACGUGACUCUUCCUAUCGGGAGCGAUCAUACAAUCCUUACGCAGAGUUACAUGACUCUUCCUAUCGGGAGCCAUCAUACAAUCAUCCUUAUAACAACCCAGAGUUACGUGACUCUUCCUAUCGGAAGCCAUCAUACAAUCCUUAUAAUAAUGCAGAGUUAAGUGACUCUUCCUAUCGGGAGCCAUUAUACAAUCCUUAUAAUAACGCAGAGUUGAGGCCCAAUUCCACUAUUUACGAAAGGGAUGAUCGCAACUCAACGCAUUGGCAAAAUGGCUUCGAUAGAGAUACACCCAUCAGGCCCUUAUCCUCAGCAUCUCAUUUGUCGUCAUCUAUAGGAGCUUCAAGCAUGAUCCAGUUACCAACCUAUAUAGCGAAUGAUCCUAAUAGUCUCAGCAAUAAUUUGCUUCCCACUUAUUUAUCUAUGAACUCUCUGAACACAAAUUACGAAUGCAAUCAGCAUCUAGUAAGGAACUAUCACGACCCUUCCGACGACAAAUCGACCUUUUUGCUCUUGGACGCGGAUGUCAAGCCGCUUGCUCCAAUGCUUCAGGUUCAAGACACCAUCAAAAGCAUGACAUCCUCGAGACACUCCACAGCUGAAUACCUUUCCAUUGACCGUGAACUUGAGCUUCGCAGCGAUCUGCGAACGCCGAUCAGUCCGUAUUCAGACGCUUAUUGGAGCCACAGAAGAACCGCGCUUGACAGUAGAGAACUGGCACAAAGAGUGACAGCCCAAGACAUCGAAAGUUAUGCUGGCACUGGAACAGUCAACAGUGGCGAGAUACCCGAGCAGCGUUACGAUCCGUAUGCGACCAAAAAGCCGGGGAAGCGCAUCGAACCCGAGAUGUCCGAUAGCGAGACGCUGCUUCCUCAACCAUCGCUGUACUCGGAAUCAGAUGCCACUCUCAUGCAAGAUGAAUCGCUGCAUUAUGAUGUGGAUACGCUGGCCUUGUCACCAGAAUUGGAGGAGACGCACCUAAAUUCGCACGUCUCCUCUGUGCCCUCAGUUGCCUAUACCAUAAAGGACAUCGAACAGCAGCGGAAGGCUGAGGCCGAGCUUCUACUGCGGGAUAUCCAGAAAACACAUCGUGCUCUUCAAGAACAGAUAGACCAGUAUGAAAAUGCAGCUUGGCUUAGGAAGACAAAUGAUGAUGCGGCUCCUACUACAACGGCUAACAAGGCAAUAGCAGCGGAAAAUACCACAUACAACAUCAGAGAUAUCUCUAACAAAGGUACCACGUACAACACAACCUCCGCCUCUACGACAAAGGAAGUGUCUGGAGUGACUAAAUAUGCCCCUCCUCUCGGCACAGAGUACACUGCAUCUGGAGCGGCGACCUCUACCUCCACCAAAGCUGGAAUGACUGUAAGCCGCGUAGCAUCUGCCAAAGAAGAAUUGCAUCGCCACGGACUCACUGACGAAGGGGUCACAAAAGAGACCUUUCCCAAGGAGACGACUUAUAACAAAGCUCCUUCAAAAGAACCAUCAUAUAAGGAGCGCGUAUACGACACAGUCCCCUCGAAAGAAAGCUAUUCCAAGGGAAAGACGUACGAUAUUAGCAAUGAACUGUACAAGGAGUCGUAUCCGAAAGGUGUUGUUUAUGAUCGCGUAGCUGCCAAAGGAAAAUACCGUGGAGCAGUGAUCUACGACGAUGUGGCUGACGAGAGGAACCUCUACGACACUGUUGCUGAUGAUCGUAAAAAAAUCUACGAUGAUGUAUACGACACCAAAGAUAUCCAUUACGCGCAUGGGGCCCUCGUUAUGUCUGAGCCGGUGAAGCGACCUUUGGCUGUCUCUCCGCCCACAACAUAUGACCAAAUAGCAAAGGAGAGAGACCUGGAGGAACUGCACUACGCAGAAACGGAUCUAUCGAAAUAUAAAGACGAUGAGAAUGUCUACGAGGAGAUCAAGGAUCCAGAAAAACCAGUUCCAGCAGAACGCAAGUUUGCAAGCGAUAUCAAUUCAAAUUUUACGAAAGAAGAAAAAAUCAGGAGCUUUGACGAUUGGGAAAGAUACAGCAAGACAGAGCCACCAAAAGAUACAGUCCAUGGAUCGCUGAUUCAUAUUGGCGAGGGAGCGAAACCGCAAAGUGUGGGGAAAAUCAACAGAGAGCUUGAUCCAUACGAACAGAAGUUCUCCAAACAAGAGAAAAGAAGCGCAUUUGAAAGCUAUCGCGAUUCGAAACCCAGCCCUUCUCCUACUUUCCAACGACUUCAGCAUCAGUACACUCCGGAAGAUAUCAAGGCAAUUUACAACAGUGGUGAUGAUGACGCCUUUUGGGACAGCAUCAAAACAAUGGAGAAGGAGAAUGAGAAGAACGAAGAAAAGAGAAAGGAAGAACUAGAAAAAGAUUUUGAUAGACAAACUGCAUUGGCGACGGUGGCUAUCAGAAAGAUGAGUAGAAGCAAUCAGUGGAUAGACAAAGAUGAGAGCGAGAAAGCUUCUGAUAUUCGCGUCAAACCUCGACCAAAAUCAACACCACGUGCCUCCUCUCCACGAGAUUCCAAAUGUGAGCGGAUUUUGAUUUUGGACAGUUCUGAAAAUAUAAAGGAAUUUCGACCGAUUACAGCUGCUCAACGAUCUUCUAGUGCAGCACCUCUGUCGUCAACGAGUCGAUCGCAGGAAGCGCUAAGUCAUAGGCAUAUGUACAAUGAGACCUCAUACGGAGGAAAACGUGAAUCUCGUAGCCAGAGCCGGGGCCUUUCACAUGCUCCAGCUGACUUCCAUGAAUACACAUAUGAAGGGCUGUAUUCGAAAGCUGGCUAUGAAGGACUAUACAAAAUUGGGAAUGCUAGCCUUUCUCGUUCAACGCCAACAAUUGGUACCUAUCCUCCCGGCAGAUCUGAAGCCAACUGGAAAAGUGAAGAACAGCUCACCCGAUCUAAGGAGCUCGAAUACACUCCCCUUUCGAAGGAGAGCAGCCUUGCUGGCACAUUUCUUGUUUCGUCGUCGCCUUCUGUAUCAUCUCCAGUGCCAAAAGCCACAAAACCUAGCCCCUCCGCACCUCGGAAGGGAUUCGUUUACGAUAUGGCCAAAAAAUUUGAUGCUAAUGUUUUCACGAGAAACACUUUUGUAAGGGCAUCGAAUCGCAACAUCCAACAGCAAAUUCCCGCGACAGGAAGUGCAGCAGUAACGCCAACAAUUACCGUUGGGAGUAGACUGACUAAAUAUCCUCCUCCUCUAGGAGCUGACUACUCUGCCACUGGAGCAGCGACAUCCACCUCCACUGGAAGAGGAGUGUCUGAAGUUACCAAACCUGCUCCUACUCUCGACAAGGACUCUGCCAGUGGAGCAACAACCUCCGCCUAUACUGAAAGUGGCGUGUCCGCGGUGACUAAACAAGUCCCUCCUCUCGACACUAACUACUCGACGUCUGUAGGAACAACUUCCACUUCUACCACAACAACUUCCACCCACAUUGGCACUGGAGUGUCUAAAAACCCUCCUCCUCCCGGUGGUGGUACAUAUACCACGAUGAAAUGGAAGGUACAUACUGAAGCGCCAAUCGGUCACGGUACUGCUUCAACAUCGGUAGCAACCGGUGGACCAGCUUUGCAGUCCGUGAGGCAUAAGCUGCCGCCUAGAAGGGAUACGGACUCCGGGAACAUUCGGGUCCAUGACGCGAUCUAUGCAAUAGAACAUCCAAAUUCACCUGAACCUUAUGUUGCAAGAACCGUUACAGCUGAGAAGAGUAAGGACAACAACAACGCAGAAACAAAGUUGCUACCGAUUGGCACCGAAUCGACAACCAAAUUGAAUGAAGUGCAGAUUCCUCGAUGGAGCCCUGAUCGUAAAGACGAUCUCUGGCAAAGUCGCAAGGAGGGAGUUCUUCACUCGGGCAGUAGAGACCACAACGCUUUCAAGGAUUCAGCAGCGAAACCUUCUAUUCCACCACGACAUUCGCCUCAAACAGCUGCAUCAGCUCCAAAGGAGGCGGAGCAAGAGGAGGAAAAGCCUGUGCCUCUCGAACGGAACAGUCGCGGUCGUUGUACGUGGCCUCCCGUGAGGACAUUCGAGUACAAGGACUUCUCGAGGCAGAAGCUGAAGAUGCCUGACAUUGACGCGCUCAUCCACAAUGGCAACCUUCCGUCACCGGAAAAAUUCGUUGGCGAGGAGAAUACUGUACUAAGAAAUUGGGACCCUCGCGCUCUUGUUAGAGCUUUGUACGAGGUUUCGUAUGAGCCUAGAGUGGAAACGAAACGGAAUCGAUUCAUCAGCAUGGAAGGCCAUGUAGAAGUCCCUUGUGAUGAAACUUCAACUAUCGCAGAAUUGGAAAGGCACUGGAAACAGUUAUAUAUGCGCACAAAGGAGGGACGAUUGCAGGUUUUUGUGUCACACUGUGCGGACGAAGCUCCUGCUGAGGAGAUAGUUCUUUCCGGUGUGGAUGUAGAGGCCAACAGAGAAGAGCGAACUUUCUAUCUUCAUGGAGGACGAGACCACAUAAAACUGACUCUGCGUGUUCAGUCGAAUGUGUUCGACAAAUGGCGACAUUCACUUUUAUCACAUGCUGCCUCUUCACAAAUAGAUGCCUACGUUAAACCCAUUCCCAAGACUUUUCAGCAUCUCACUGAGCGAGUUGUGAUUCUUGAACUGGGGUCCUGUUCAAUUCGCGGAGGCGUAUUAACUACCGAGCCCAGCCUUCCACAGUCUUUUUUCCCUGCCAUGGCAGUGCGAACAGAUGAUGGAAGGAUAAUUGUCGGCGAGGACGCAUAUGCACCUGAGAUACGCCAUCAAGGCGAAUUUGUACGUCCCAUAAAAGCAGUGGAUCCUGCAGUUGAAAGGUAUUCCAUGGAUCAAGACGUAGUGAAAGCUUGUGUGCAAAAAGUUAUCAAAGACCUUGGCAUAAAUCCCUCACAGUACAAGAUCCUUCUCUCCAUUCCCCAAAACAUUCCUAUCGCUCUUAUUGGACAGCUUCUCACUCUUGUCUUGAAGGAGGCAAGGUUCCAGGGAGCUGCCAUAACCCGCCAGCCGUCUUUGAUCCUUUACGCCUACGACGUCACUACCGGAGUAGUUGUAGAUAUCGGAGAUCGUCUAAAUAUUGUUCCUGUUAUUGACGGUUAUGUUGUUGAGUCAGCUAUCUGUUCCAUCCCUUAUGGAGCUACGCAGGUGCGAGAAGCUCUGAGAACCAUCUUGUGCUCUAACAACAAAGGACUGUACUCUUUCCAAAGUCCCAUAGAGAAGCUGAUUCUUCGCUAUGUUUUGGAGCAGACCAGCUACGUUCCUGAGGAUUAUGCGCGGGAAGAGAAAACUGCCAAAGAAGUUCAUGUUUCAUUGGACAAGUUUGAUCCGGUCCCUGGGAUGCCCACGCGAUUUAACAUCGACAACUCGCGCUUCUUGUGCACCGAGGGUUUAUUCCGACCGAAGAAAUGGGGUCUGGAUACGAAAGGCUUGCAUCAGCUUGUACAUGAGGCAGUUCAGAUGAGUCCCAUCGAUAGCAGAAGGACGCUUUACAGGAACAUUUAUCUAGCUGGUGGAGCAUCUUUGAUGCCAGGACUGGCAGAAAAACUCGAACAAGAGCUGGCGGCUAUCGUUCCUAACAGCAUCCAUACACAGGUGCAUAUCUCGCCAUGGAGGUACAAUGCGGCCUACUUGGGAGCCCAAAUAGUCGCCUCUGCCUCGACAUUCAGCGACAGCUGUGUGUCUUUGGAAAACCUGCCCACUUUCCUUUCGCAUCUGCAGACUUCAUGUUUUUGAUUUUUUGAUAAGCUUGAUGCAGUACGGAUUUUGACCCGCCUGGUCCUUUACCUUUCUGAGCACAGCCACACACAUACACAUCUUACGGACAAAUCUACUGUGGUACAUAGUAGGCUUCAGCUGCCCAUUUUAGUCUAGUUUCUUAGCAUUUUUCAAAUCUUGCUCUACUUACUCAGUUGUGGUGAGGAUAUUCAUGAAAGAUGUGAUAUCUAAUCGACGCUUAGCCGAGUUGAAUAUUGAUUUUACAUAUGUUUUUAUCAGAUAUAAUGAAUUGUUAUACUUUCGCUUGAUUAAUCUAUAAAAAAUUGUUUUUU